AAAACAUUAUUCCUUAGUUGUUGUUUUUUGAUUUUAUUUUUAUUUUCAUUCAUAAGUAUAUACACCACACGUAAAUAUACACACAUAAAUACAAACAUGUUUUCGUACAAUAUUCUGUUGCCUUCAUUUACGAUGAUCAGUAAAAUGCCUAUGUGUUUGACGAAUAUUCACUGACCGCCUGAGACAAUUGACAUUAGUUAAUUCACAAACACAUUUGUAUAGAAACAAUCAUUGAGUGAAACCACAACUUCAUAUUGUUCUGAGAAUAACAGAGACAAAAAUCAACAACCUCCUCACCGACAAACGCCUAACAACUUCCAUUCAACUAGCGGAAUAAGUAUUCUUCAAAUAUCUAAGGAUUAUAUAGAAAACAUUGACUGCUGUACUCUCUAUCUAUCUCUCUUUAUCGCUCUAUCUCUCUAGAUGAUGUGGAUACUUAUAACGUGUAUUUGAAGGAAGACGAAGAGGUGGGCUGCAGAAGACAGGACAAAUACAGAACUUACUUUUUUACUUUUUCGCCUCAGAAACACAUAUCCCUUCUACCUGAAUAAAGAAUAAAAAGCCGUUGUUUUACUGCUGAAUUUCUCUUCAAAAUGGAUAAUAUUUGUAGAAAAAAGAAUAAGCCAGUUGCUUGCCUUGAGGAUCAAAAAGUCAAUCAUAUUGCUACUACCACUAAUAAUAAUAAUAACAAUAAUAAUAAUGAUAAAAUCAAUAUUAACAGUGAUCAAAGCAACAAUACAACUACAAACAAUCAUUUUACACCUAUCACUCCAGUCACAUCAGCGUCAAAAAUGAAGACUUCGCGAACAAGUACACCAAAUAGCACUGGAAGACAUUCAGUGAAUUCAUCAUCCACAACCACAUCGUCAUCAUCACCGUCAUCACAUUCAUCAACUUCACCGUCGACAAAUAAAUCAACAAUCAAAAUGACAAUAAAGACAGUUAAAGUUAGUCAAAAUACAGAUAGUAAAAAUCAGCCACCAGAAUCAGCUGAAAAUAUCGACAGUAAUGGCAAUAGUAGUCGGAGCAGUCAACUGAAUAAUCAUAGUUUCUCAUCCACUGAUUCUGGUCGUAGUAGUAUAAGCAGUAGUCAGACAAGUAACGGUGACGAAGUCAAUGAGAAUCAUUUCAAGAAUAAAUCCAAGAUCACUAGUGAAUUCCACCAUCCGACAUUGAUGAUGAGAAUAGUAAUAAGAAAAAGAAGAAUGUUAGUGGAAGUAGUAAUAAUAGUAGUGGUAAUAGUAAUAAUAAUAAUACUGAUAACACUACUCGUCCUCGUGGUGGUGGUGGUGGUGAUAUUGAUGAUGGUGAUGAGGAUGAUGUUGAUGAUGGUCAGGAUUCACCGACUACAUCAGCUGAACUGGAUAUCUACUCCGAUGUCACACUAAUACCGAAAUCAACUAUAAAUAUUGAUUUCACUACAAAAGUAAGCAAAAAGUCAACGAAACGUGUCAAUGUUGGACGUAAACCAAUGAAAGGGAUUACUGCGAAGUCAACACGACCUAAUUUAACCAAUGGUACAAUACCAACUGACGCGAAACUUCAUAAUAAUUUAUCAACUGGUUGUGAAACAAGCACGUCAUCUUCAACUAAUUCAUAUUCUCUGGCUGCAUCAAAAGCAAAUAGUCAGCAUUCUUCUGAUGUAUCAUACCUGCCAAAGUCUAACUCAAAGUCUACAGACAGCAAUUUAACUUUUCAAGAACAGUCUAUUCCUACUGAUAGUAUCAAGACUAGAUCAAAUCCUAUACUUUCUACAGAAGACAGUCAACAGUCGACAACACCAGAUUCUUCAUUUAUGCCAUCCCCAAAUUUAUCAUCAUCAUCAGCAUCAACCUCACCCAGAUCUGUUAGUCGAAGUAAACACAAUGCAUCAGAUGUAACUGCUAUAGAUGACUCCACUCUGUCAUCAGAAAUUCAAAUAAGGAGUCCACUUAAAGCAAAUCAUAAAAGAACAGAACUGUUUACUAAACUAUCAAAUAAUAAAUCUGAUCAGCAUGAAAAUAAUCUCUGCGAUCUUCACAGUAAAUCAACAGAUGACAUUGAAUCCCCCGCUUCUAAUGAUUUAUCAAUCAGCGUCACUUCCCCUAACGAUAUACAUGAAUUAACCAGAGAAAUAAAAAGUGAAAUCUCCUCUCCACUUGGUUACAAAGAAUCAACAGAAAUGAUAAAAUCGAACUCGACUUCUGAUCUCUUUGAAUGUUCCACACCGAUCACAUCAAUUAUUGUUACAACUUCAAUUUUAGUAGCUAAUACAAAUGAACCACUGAAAGUGAAUGCUUCAUCAUCGAAUUCAACUGGUACAUAUUCUCGAUCAAAGGUUAACUAUACCUCAAGAGAUACGGAACACACGAAUUCCCCUCACAAUUUCUCAACAAAUCGAAGAAAAUCUCGAUAUGCUUCGUACAACAACAAUAAUAAUAAUAACAGCUACGUGAGUAAUCAUAGUCAUGGUACAAUGGAUUUCUCUUCUCUCAAUCUAAAAUCAUUGUUAAAUAAUAAAUAUAUGAAAAACUUAUUAAUGCAACCUUUCUUUAUGCCAGACUGUAUGAAUGCAUCUGGCUAUACAACUGUCAACAACUAUGAUUUGGCUCAUUUACGGAAGUCGAUUUUCAACAAAGCCGCCGCUGCAGCGGCCGCAGCUUCCCUUCUCCCUGAUCCAUCGUUAUUUAUCAACUCACCUUGUUACUAUUGGUUACCAUCAACUGGAUUUAGUAAUACUACUCCGAAUACCGCAAAUAACAAUAAUAAUAAUAGUAACACAAAUACAACAUAUUCAACAGACUGUAUAAAACUGUACAGCGAUAAAAUUUCUAAUACUAACGGGAACACUAAUCCAGUUUAUAUUAACGGAAGCAGUCGUUUUAUGCUACCACAGUUUAACGGUCAACAAGUCAAUAAUCAUGGUAUAGGUGAAUUGAAGUCAUGUGAAAUUCUCAAUGAAAAUAUGAUGUCCACUUCUGCUUCAAAAGCAUCUGUUCCAACUGAUGAAAUGAAUCAUUCAAAACGUGAGUCUACUCAACCACUUGCUAACAAUGGUAAUAAUUUAAACAAAUCCUUAACCAAUUCAAUAUCUCAAUCAAUGACAAAGCUGAACUCAUUAACACCUGAUGAUGCAGUGAAUUGUGCCAGUGGCAAUUUCGAUAAUCGUCCAGCUUCUGCAAAAGACCUAAGCAUCAAUGACGCAACGAUAAAGCAGUAUAAAGACAACACUCCACUGCCUAAUACAUCUGUUUAUAAAAGCAUGAAUAGUAAAGUGAAUAAAACUGAUAAUCUAAUAAGCUCAGAAAAUAAUUAUGAUAAAAUAGGCAGUAUUAAGUAUGCACCAGCUGAGUUGAGCCCAGAUCUUAUGGUUGUGAAUAUGACGAAUUCAUUAGGUCAACCGAUUUCAGUAAUUACUAAUUCAAUCCAGAUUGAUACAUCACAGAUACAAACCGAAGAGAUGAUGAAUGGUGGAUCAACGUCAGACACAGCGGCAUCAGUACCAUUGUCAUCCUCUGUUGGAACAGUAACAUCAACCACGAGUGGAACAGCAGUGACGCCGAAUUACAUUCCAAAUCCCGAUUCAUAUUUAACAACAACUCCUACAACAUUCUUUUAUUUCUGUAAUAAUGAAGGGCAGCUAUUUGCUGUUCCAAGUAAUACAGUGAUAUUUCCUACUGCUGUUGGUCGUCUUAACGGAACAGCUGUGUCAAAUGAUGUAACGUAUAGCAGUACACCGACGUUCAUCGCUUCACAGGUCAACGGAGGCAACAACAAUAAUAACACUAACAGUAAUAAUAGUAAUAAUAAUAACAGUAAUAAUGGAAGUAAUACUAGUGGUAACAAUCCUAUGACACUACGAACUAACGGUUGUAUUUCAAACUAUGAUAUUCCAUAUCAAUUAUAUUCAGGCACCGAUUACAGCGCUAUGUUGAAACAGACAGAUAACAGUUCAUGUCGUGAACUGAUAUCCGGAUAUUCAGUGCCUAUUCAACCAUCAUAUCUUAAUGGUUUUCCUCAAUGGAUACCGAAUCAAAUUACUGUCGACAAUCAAAAUGGUAGUCAACAGUUGCAGAAUGCAUCAGCUAAUCCUUUAGUACUGCCAACUAAUCAAGGCGUUAUCUUGCAUCCGUCAUGUCCAUUUCCUUUGCCUUCAAUGGGACUAAUUCAACCGUUAAUAUCAAAUGUUUUCCCGAAUCAAAGUUUUAAUACUGCCUCAAAUGUUGAAGAGAAUGGUGUUAAUAAUCAUAAUGGUAAUAAUGGUAGUAGUAGUAGUAGUAAUAAUAAUAAUAACCACAACUCGACAAAACAAAAGAACAGCCAACAAGGUGUCUCUGCAUUACUGAAUCGUUCUAAUGACCAGAUUAAACUACGUCGGUUCACAAAUGACUUGCCCAGUCUACUAGGUAAUGCUAAAUCAACGCGUUCAGGAACAGGUUCUGGAAAACUGUCGAAUUCAGGGAAUAAUCAUUCAAAGUAUGCAGGUAAAAGUUUAGUAUCCAGUUUCUUGGAUGAAUACAAUAAUGCGAUGAAUAGUCAGAGUGCUGCAAAUCGUCAGAAAAAGCAUGCAUCGAAAACAAACUUAUACAUUCGUGGUCUGCCGACUACAUUCACAGAAGAAGAAUUACACACACUGGCACCAGAUCGUAACUUGAUACGAUCAGUUAAAUUAAUCACUGGAGCUGAAGGAGAAAUGUAUGGAUUCAUAGACUUUGUGAAUAAUGAAGCUGCUAAAUCUGCUCUGUUGCAUAUAAAAUCUGGAAAUCGUGAACUUUAUGUGAAUUUCGCUUAUGAAUCUGAAAAAGAUCCACAAAAUGUUUAUAUAACAAAUAUACCUGAAUCAUGGACAGCAUCGAAUGUUGAAGAUUUGAAAGAGAUAUUCCAGCCUUAUGGACAAAUUGCUACGGCUAUUGUAAUGACUAAACGAUCGAAUAAUUUUUGUACAGGCGCUGGUUUCGUUCGUUUCGUUCGACCAGAGGAUGCUCAAAAAGCAAUCGACGGAAUACGCAGUGCACAAAUCACACUGGAAAAUGGUAAAGGGCCUUUAGAAGUUAAACUGGCUGACAGACAAAAACCAUCAGAAGAUCAAUCGAAUAGUACAAAAUCAAGACAAGUGAAACGUAGCAGUGAACCGCCUGAAUCAACAACACCAGGUGGAUUAAUCAACGGGAGCGAGGAGAGCUCACGACAUUCCCGUACACGUAAACAAUCCGAUUGUCUACUGCCAAAUGAAAAUCAGUUAGGCACCCAUGGUAACAGUCGACUAAGAUCCACACCUGGUGUAUUAGGUCCAGCGACAGACUUCACAUCAUGGGAUGUUACAAAUCGACUGAACAACUCUGAUUCAUUUAUGCUUGCACUACGUGCUGCUUGGGCAUCGAAUACUCUACAAAAUCAAAAUUUCCUGCUACGUAAUUCUAUCGGACAAAAUAGCAUGCCUUCAAGUAAUGAAAAUAAUCGUGGCCUAUUACCUAUUCCAAAUCCAACAGGACAUUUGACAAGUUUAGUCUCGCAACAGAAAGUACCACCGCCUAAUGGUCUACUGCACAACCAAACGCCUGUUCAACAUGGAUUAGUAACUGGACCGACAGCUGCGGCUGCGGCUGCUGCAGCAGCUGUUACCGCCUUACUUCCCUUCUCUAGACCGAUUGACAGUUACUCAUUGUCACAAGCUCUUAUGCAUACACCUGUCACGCCUACAAUGAUUGGUCCAAUGAUACAACCUGCUGGCAAUUGGACUGCAAGCCCAUUAAUAUCAAACAUCUACCAGUCAAUAUAAAUCAAUGACUACACCUCUUUAUUCAACAGAGGACAUACUAAAAUUGUCUAUUUCUAAAUGUUGUGAAUUCAUAGGUGAUAAGACUUUUGUUCAAAAGAAAACAAAUUCUCAAAUAUCAAUCCAUCCAUUUUGAAUAUUGAACACCUGCCCCUACAGAUAUGCCCCCUCUAAUUCUAUUCUCUUAUUAGUAGAAGUCUGUUUUUCUGUUUGUUUUUUCAGAGUUUUUAUGAUUUUUAAUGACACACAGAUUGAUGUGCUAUUUGUGUGUGUGUGUGGGUGGGUGGUUGUCGGGUGCGUAAGUGAGCACAUCCAUCAGUGUUGGUGUAUUUCAUGUGACUAUGUGUGUAUAGACGUUUUGAAGAAACAAGUCUCUGUGUAUGUGUGUGUUUGUGUGUUUGAUUGAAUCGGUAUAUGCACACAAGAUGCAAUCGAUUUCGCUUACCCUAUCCCUCCCUUCGACCGCCACCUGAUUGUCCUUUCUAUAAAAUAGUGUUGUAACAGUCAGGAGGGUAAUUUUUACUGACAGAUAUCAAUAUAUUUUUUUCUUUGGUUUGUUUUUAUUCCCAACUUACCACCUGGACUCAGUUGUUACCUCGACUUCCUCCAACUUCCUGCUAGACUAGCCUUUUAUCACCUCCACCUAUGAGUGAUAAGUUGUUCCGUUUUAGCAGUCAUUCAGUCAAUCGGUUAACACCCAGUUUUUGCCCUUAUCUUUAUGCUUAAGUGGCCUCUAAAUGUCUGUUACCUCUUUCCCCGGCCGCUUCCGCUUCCGCUAUCUCUCUCUUUCUCUCUCUCUGUGUGGCCCUCCCUCUUCUCUCCUUCCCACCUAUUUUACCAAUGUGAAAAUGAAUGAAAGUUAUUUUAGUAAUAAAACCCUCAGAAAGAAAACCCGCAUAUACAUGUAAGCAUAUGUAGUAAUAUAUGUAUCUAAAAAUAUGCGAUGUACACACUCACACAUACACACUCACUAGAGCCAACCCAGAAUGUCUACAUGCCUACGUUUUUUUUCUUGUUUUCUAUUGUUCAAUGCUGUAUGAUUCUACUUGACGAUUAUUUUUGUGCAAUUCAACUCUUUUAUCUUAAUCUGAAAUCACUGAUCAUUUUCAAACUCAUUUUUUUUCAAAUGGACGCGAACGCUAAUUGUGCUAUGCUUCAUAUGAGAUAUUGAUUUUUCUUUUGUUUAAGUGUAUGUGUGUGUGUGUAUGUGCAUGCGCGCUCAAUCGCUCGCGUAUUCCUGAGCGUAGGUGUAAGAAUGGAAUUCAAAGACGUAGGAAAGGCAGAAAAUUUGAAAAUGCUCAUUUCACAUAACUGUGAGGAGAAUCACAUGACUUUUACUAUUUUUCCGUGGUACAUUUAAACAAAAAUAUACAUGGAUUCAUGGUUGAAUAAACAAGUUUUAAAAAAUCCCCUUUAGGAGAUGAGAUAAACACACCCGCCCACACAUACACACUGAAAAUAAACAAAUUUGAAUAUAAAACAAAAAUGGACAAAUGCCAAUCGAGAGAAACUAUCAUUUUAUGCAUUAUUGGUGUUUUUUGUUGUUGCUCUUGUUGUUCGUUUAUAUUUCCUUUUGUUUGUUUCUUUUUCUGCCGUUGGUUGCAAAUCUUGUCAAUCUUUGUUUGUGCGUUCACGUGAGCGUGUGUGUUAAUUUCUUUAGGUGUAUGUUUCUGCGUGUGUGUGUGUCUGUGUAUGUGUGUGCUCACGUUCAUGUGAUUCAUUUCUGUUUUCAACGGAUUUUUGUGCUUUCCUUAUACAUAAUAAUAAUAAUAAUAAUCUGAAUGUUUCUUUACAGCCACAGAAUGAGAUUUUGUUUUUGUACAAUGAAAAACUUGGUGAAUGCAGUGCUUUUUGAAUGUAACAAAAGAUUAAAUUAUCACUAGCAAUUAUAAUAUUAAUAAUUUCACUUCUCAUUCUUAUACUACUGAUUUUUCAGUAGUAUUUAAGUAGUAUAAUAAAACUGUUAGUUGUUAAGUAGAGUAUUGUGUGUGUGUGUGUGUGUGUGUGUGUGUGUAGAAAAGAAACCUGAACUUUUCACACAUUUCAGCUGUAUGUUCUCCUGUCGUUUAACUGUUUUAUUUUGAUGUUAAUGUAUUUCUGUGGGUGAGUGUGUGUGCGUGUGUGUGUGUGUGUGCCUAAAUGAGUGAAUAUGUCUUGUUGCACAAACCUUCUUUCUAAUCAUAAGAGUGUUGUAAUUGUUGACUGGCUUUCGAUAAAGUUUUAGUUCAACUCAAUAUUAUAAUUCUCAUUACUUUUAGCAGUAGUAAUAAUAAUAACAGUAGAAGUAUUUGUCACCUGGUUGAAUAAUCUGUACAAUUCAUGUAAUAGUGUGACAGACAAAAAAAUCAAUAAAUAAUCGAUGUGAAGUAGUAAAAAUGACGAUAUAAAAAUCGAUAAAUUGACUUUUUUUCUUUUCUAAACAAAAUAAUUAAGAAAAACACAAUGAAGUAUAUAACUUAUGCAAAAAAGUUUCGUUCUUGAGUACAUACAUAUAUAUUUUUUUUCUUCCAAAUUUGAGUAAAUUUUACUUAGUAUAAAAAAAAUUAUAUUUGUUAGUCGUUUUUUUCUGUUUUUUUGUUUUCUCUCAUUUUUUGUGAAGAAAUAUAUGAUUUUGAUUCCC